AUGUCUUCAAAGGUAAUCGUCCGAUCUCCCGAAUCCAACGACAAACACGGCAAACCCACCAAGUCCCGUUUUCCUUGUUUUCCCUCUAGAAAAAGUAAAAAAAAACCCGACCCAUGGGUUGUCCUCAUUGAACAAGAUCCCAAACAAGAUCCCAAACAAUAUCUCAUCCCCACCGGCAUGAUCGACCACCACUUGGGACUACGCGGCGAGGUCAUGAACGGUCUCCAAAAAAGUUUCGGCCUCGUCAUAUCUAGAAAGGAGAUGACAGACCUGACCGAUCUCGCCGCCGGCGGCGAUGGCUCGCUCAAGUCCUUCUCCCACUCUGACCCCCUUAACCCCGUCUCCAACAAAGACCUUCUCCAAUCCCACAACGCAAAGGACCCGUCCGCCGGUGCCUGCGACGAAAACGUCCGGAUCUUCUUCCACGCCCGCAAUAUUCAUGAGGCUUACUUCGACUUUCUGGAGAACCACAGCGAUAAUAAAGUCAGUACCGUGCGCAUCUGUAAGUUGAAGGACCUGCGCAAGAAGGCUUGCAAUGAUGCCAACGCGUUGUUGGCGUUGCGCCUGUAUAGUAAGUUUAAGGAGAGGUUACCGGUCCGGAAUCAUAUGAAGGAGUCACCGUGGUUUGAUUCGGAGAUUAGUGCUCGUGCGUGGCGGGAAUGGCCGGGGAGUCUUACCAUGGAUUAG